AUGAAAAUUUCUAUUAUCACAUCUGGCAUUAUUAGCGUUGCCAUCGCUUCCUUGAGCCUAGUCAAUGCUGUCGAUGUUACAUACUCCGUUGUUGCUUUCCCCGGAAACAAUGAGACAGUGGCUGUCAAUGUGGCUAACAAAGACUAUCCUCUCCAACCUAGCCAGUUGAGCUCUAACCUUUUCACUGGUGUCGCUCCCAAUGCUCCGGAUUACCAUUAUACCUAUUUGACAAGCAGUGGUGCCAAGCCUGAAGCCGUUGUCCGUCAUUUGGCUGAUUCCGCUACUGCCACUGGCAAUGAAUUCUUCAACAGAUCAAGAACUGUGUGUGAUGUGCCUGCCCUCCCCAAGGCAUACAAUGACAUUUAUCCUGCCCUUCAAACUGCCAUGAGUAAUUCCAAUGAGAUUUCCACCAUUAUUAUCAAUGCUGAUAUGGAAUCCAUUGAUAAGUUCAUGAAGAAGCCUAUGGAGGAUAACAAAUUUGCUCAAGUCUACAACAUGAGCUACAUUAGCCAUGAUGCUGUCUACAGCUUCCAAGGUGCUGGUAUCAAGAACAGUGGUCAAUCUUCCAAAGAAUUAGCCAAGCAAUCCCUCAAGAUCAAAUUUAACAAGUUCAACAAUGCCACCAAGGAUACUCUGUUUGGUCGCCGUGCCAUCAAGUUGCGUGCUGAGGCCAAUGAUCCUACUAUGGCCCGAGAGAAGCUCAUGUUGGACUCUCUUUCUGCUGCUGGUGUUGCUACUCUCAAUGGCAACUGGGUUCGUCUCGUUAUCAACAACACACCUUUUGGUUUAUACCUCAUGACUGAUGAUACCUACAAGGGAUUCACUGAAAACCUUCUCAACGGUGGUAAUGUUACUCAAGCUACUGGUGCUACAUACAAGGGUAAUGCUAUGGAUGAGAAGAAUGAAGCCAACCUUGUCUACAAGGGUAGCAACAAUGCCAGCUACAACUUUAAUGAUGUCUACAUCUUGGAAGACGAGGGAAGAGAUAAGAAUGUUACCAAGGAUAGCUUCAGCGCUCCUCUCAUCGAUUUUAUGGAGAGAUUGAACAAGACCGUUGUUGGCACUGAUGCUCAAAAUCCUGGCACCAUCACUGACUUGAUUGACAGCGCUAAUCACACAAUGAUCCAUCUUGCUAUGAGUUUCCUCUCUGGUUCUUGGGAUGGUCUCUGGUAUCAAGCUAGUAACUUUUACUUGAAUGAAAACUUGGAUACCAAGAAAUGGUAUGUGAUCACUUACGAUUUCGACGAAACCUUUGGCAAUGGCCUUGAAGAACCCGAGCUCAUGACUGUUGCUUAUCAAAACUACUCUCGUGCUGGCUCACAACGUCCUCUUGUUGAUGCAUUCAUCAAGUCUCCUUACUAUGAACCCAUCUUCCAAGAUAUCUUGAAGAACAUUGUGAAGACCUUCUUCAACCCUCGUGUCUUGAAGCCUCGUCUUGAUGCAUGGACUGAAAUGUUGAAGGAAGACGUUGAGCAAGACUAUGCUCUCCCUUACCGUUCUCCUGGUGAAAAGAGAGACUAUAAUGCUGCCGAUUUUGCCAAGAACAUGUACUCUACUGUUGGCGAUAGAAUUGGUCUUCUUGAAUGGAUCUCCAACCGCACUGAAGCCGUUGCUCAACAACUCAACUUCAAUAUCAAUGAUGAUGCUCCUGCUGCUGCAUCCGCUUAG